CACGUACCCUUCUACUUCCUGUUUUGUUUUUCUUUCGCUCCCUGUCUGCUCGGCUCGGGUCGAUAUGGAAGAAUUUGCGAGUGGAGGAGACAACCACAGCCUGCCCGUGAACAAACGCGGUCUCUUCGGACGCUGGUGGACCGUAUAGAGCAGAACAGACGCAGCGGGCAGCAGUAACACCUGCCGCGGGGCUUCCCUCACCCUCACCCCUCCUCUGGCUGUCCGCGACAUGGCUCUCAGCUCGGGCGGCUGGGCUCCUCCAGCCCCGGUUCCUGCUUCGUCCCAGCAGCCUUCAUGCGGCGGCCCUGCGCUGACGGCUUGCUGCAGUACUGUUUUAAUGUCAGUCCGGGUUUCGGUGUGCCAUUCCGGGAUCCGGCCGCUGUGUCUCCCCGGAGCGGGCAGCGAGGCUCUGCGGCUACAGCUCAGCAUGGACCCGAGCCGGGCCGGAGAGUUCCGACUGGCGCUGCGAGAUACGAGCGGAAACCGCAGUGUGUUCAUUGCAGAGUUUGACCUGCGCUCGGUGCAGUAUGAGGUCAAAUCUCCUCGCUGCCAUGAGAUGCGUCUUGCUGCUCCACCCCACGACUGCAUCCGCUUCAACUUCCGCUGCGACCGCGAGGCCGAGGAGUGGGCCACGGUGGUGAUGUCAUCACUAAGAGAGGCACAUAGAGUUGCAAAUAUUAACACAUGUGAAUCGGAUGGCAGACACAACCACACAGCAGCAGCCAUGGAGCAGUGGAGCUCAGCCUCGCUGCCGCUCACCGAGGAGCUUUGCUUGGAGCUCGCCAGGGCGAUUGAAGCCGGUGACACUCAGGCCGCUUCACAGCACGCAUCCGCUCUGGCUCAGCAAAAAGCAGCACUGACGAUCCAGCUGUCUGAAAAGAACUACGCUGACGGAGAGAUCAGUUUAUCUGUCGUGGUGGAGGAUGUUUCGUCAUCCUGUUGUGUCACGGUGAAAGUCUUUCCUUACAUGACUGUGGCCGCGCUCAAGCAACAGGUGUUUCUCGAGUACGGCUUCCAUCCUCGCGUGCAGCGCUGGGUGAUCGGUCAGUGCUUGUGCACCGAGCCAAGGUCACUGGCCUCCUACGGGGUGCAGAAGGACGGCGAUACGGCGUACCUCUACCUGAUCUCUGCCCGACAAGCGCGCAUCACCCGCCAGCUGUUCCAGCAGGACCUGGAGAGCGCCCUCCUCGCCCCACCUCUCCCGCCAGGCAACGGCCCCACAUCCCAAGACUGGAGGGGUUACAGCACCCUACCCUCGAGGCUACCCCACAACAACCUGGGGAGUACAGGUGGAGGAAGCGACAGACCGAGUGAUAUUAAAGAUGUUCUCGACAUUGAGAAUCUGCAGCUGAGUGAUCAUACCAAUAAAGCCAAUAAAACACAGCAGACAGAAUGGGCUUGCCCCUUAUGCACUUUCAUCAACAAGCCGUCCCGUCCAGGUUGUGAAAUCUGUGCUACAGCCAGACCUGACACACACAUCCAGCAGGAGAGAGGAAGGAGAGAGGAUCGAGGGGAAACUGGUUUAAGCAGCAGCAGCAGCUGACUGCCCAUCAUCGCUGUCUGGUCGCCGUGUCUCACUCACUCACUCACACACACACACGGAGUGAGGAUGCUAAAUCCGCCGCGUACAUGUUGACAAAAUACUCACACAAAGACUGUCAAGUGCACUGAGAGUCCUCUGACAGCUGGCCGGCUGCUGAAGACCGGAGCGUUUGAAGCACUGUAGCAUGACGCAGAGCUGCACUGGCCGAGGCUCGGUUGAUGAACUGCAGACAGAGAGAGCAGCUUCGACCGUCGAUAUGGACGUGACCAUGACAUACAAAUGAAUUUGGCCUGACCUCUUUGUUAUUUAUUUUACAGGGUGUAUGGUGCAAACAACACAGACGGUCUAAUAUUUAUUUUAGAUGAGAGACAUGAUUUGCAUUUGAUUGCAGCUGAAGAUGAGGGGACUUUCAGUUUCUGCCAACUGUGAAGUGAGAGGAAAGUUGAAGCCUUGUGCAAUACCCUGCUCUGUUUUGUUAGUGGGUCAUCUGUUGGUGCCAUAAAAAAUGUUGGAAGCCAUGGCUGAGAAUAGACGGUGUGUUUACAGGGUUGUCAAGUGCUUUUAUUUUUUUAUAACAUUGUAUUAAGUGUAUUAUUUUUAACAAGAUGCAUUGAGUAAUUGAUGUACAUUUUAGCAGAUGAUCGAAUUUUACUCAAUUCCCUCUGAGCUGUGACAGCAAUGGAAUGAUUUGUUUUCAGUACAUAAUACUGUAAAAACUUGCAUUACCUGAAUAAACAUAAUGAAUCUAAACAAA